AUCAACGUAACUAAACUCCAACCAGCAGCUCAUGACAUCUACACACUCAGGUGAGCCACAGUCAAUUGUGAAGAAUCGGCACUAUACAGCCACAUGUUUUUUGAACAUUUUUACCAAUGUAAUUCAUUAAACAUUACAUUGCCCGUUAAGAAUAUAUGCCAAUGCGAAAGAAAACACUGGAGACUGGAAAUUGAAAACAGUAGAAUCGUGGAACACUUCUGCGUUAAGGAAAAAGGUGGAUUGCAAGUGAUAUGGAACUGAAAAUAAUUACACACCUUAGAAUUUCUGUCAGCCAAUCAGAAUCAAGCAUUCAACAGAUCUGUGAUAUAAUAGGAAAUAAACUGACUUUUUUUUGUACACUGGCACUUUUAUAUUAAUUUAACAAUGCAUUUGGUCAUUUUGAAACUGUUCUCUGAAGUCCUAUGAAGAAGAAUGAGACACACUGAGUAAAAUAUCGCAAUAUAUCACAGUUAUGAAUCAUAACACACCAAAAAUAAAGAAUCGCAAUAAUAUUGUAUCGUGACCUACAUAUCGAUUAAUAUCGUAUCACCAGUUACCUUGUGAUUCCCUCCCCUAUUAGCUAGAUGUAUCCUUCACAGACCACGUAGUGGCUAAUUUUACCCACUGAAUGUCCACCCUGAGCCUAAAUCAAAGCCUUUUGCGGUUUAAUAAUUGCACAAUGCCAAAUCGUGAUUUUGAUUGUGCAGCCUUAGAGUGAAAUAUAUUCCAACAAUCUCCAGAGUACUUGAUGUUUCUUUUUUUAUCAGUUAUGCUUGCCCUGAUAAGUGUCUAUGGUAAUGAGGUUGACUGACUGUAGCCUUAUACCCAUGAGAAUUAAAGAAGCUGUGAAGUCUUUUAUCAAUUUUUCUUAUUUCUGUCUGUUUUUGUUACUAUUAUUUAUUUCUGAUUCUGAAUUUCUUAAACAUGCGAUAAUGUGGGGGCUAUCAAAGUACGUUUUGGAAUGCAAGUAUAAAAUUACAGUAAUGGAUGAAAAUAAGUAAAUGUGAGGUUAAAUACAUAAAUGUUUUUAAAUUCUGACAUUUAUUUGUAAUGUUGGCAGGUCUGGUCAUUGCUACCACACAGUGAUUGCGAAUCCACUCCCAAAGCAAUUCACCAAGAAAUGCUCUGAAUAUUCCUGUCAUCUUUGAAUUGAAGAAGAGUUUCCAGAAGAGCAGGACAAACUUCAAGUUUGUCAACAAUUUCUGACAUACUACUGCAAAGAUGGAGUUUGUGAAAGAGGAGAGAGAGGACAUGGGUUAUCCAGAACCACACAGAGUGAAAGACGAAGACACUGAGGAACAAAUAGGCCUCAUGGAAGUCAAAGUGGAAAGUCAAGAAUGGAAUGGAGUGGAGGAGAAACAUUGCUAUCAGGAACCUCAUACCUCCAUAACUGAAGAGAAAUCAUUUAGUUGCUCACAGACUGAAAAUAAUUCCUCACAAAAAACAACUCGAAGGACAGGAACCACAAUUUCUUUCACAUGUCCUCAGUGUGGAAAGAGUUUUAGACAAAAAGGACACCUUACCAGUCACGUGAGAAUUCACACUGGAGAGAAACCUUUCACAUGUCCUCAUUGUGGAAAGAGUUUCUCACAGAAAGAAAACCUUAAAAGGCACAUAGGAGUUCACACCAGAGAGAAUCCUUUCACAUGUCCUCAGUGUGGAAAGAGUUUUACACGUAAAUUGAUCCUAAAGGAACACAUAAGAAUACACACUGGAGAGAAUCCUUUCACAUGUCCUCAGUGUGGAAAGAGUUUCAGACAAAAAAAAAGCCUUAAUGUCCACAUAAGAGUUCACACUGGAGAGAGGCCUUUCACAUGCCAUCACUGUGGACAGACAUUCAAAUAUUUAAAUAAUCUUCAAUCUCAUAUUCUCUCUCAGCACACUGGAGCAAAGUCAUUUAACUGUGAUCAGUGUGAUAAAAGUUUUAUCUUUGAAUCAGACCUGAAAAUUCACAAAGACCCCCAUUUGUGCUCUUUUUGUGGAGAGAGUUUUUCAUGCCCGCACCGUUUCAAAAAUCACCAGAAAAUUCAUACUAGUGGUAAAACUUAUGUGUGUCCUGAGUGUGGCGAUGCCUUUGCAGGUGUCGGCAACUUGAAGAUGCACCAAAGAAUCCAUAUUAAAGAAAAACCUUUCUUUCUUGAAUGAGUUUCUCUCAUUCAGGAGUCCUGAAAAUGAAUGGAGAGUAUUCUCUCCAGCCUUCAGUAGAGUUUCACCACAUCAAAUACCCAAUCAACUCAUUUUAAAAAAGCAUUGCGGAAAAAUUUCAAAGUGAGGUCUUCUUCCGGUUCAUUUUCAGGUCCAAUGCUUUAAACUGUGUGAAUUUCAGGUAUACCUAAAAAUAAAUGAAAUAGCUCUUUUGGUAGAAAUUCUAGUUUUUAGGAAUGCUUACUUUAAUGAUGGGAAGUAGUAGUAAUAGAAAUAUCUAUUAUUUUAAUGUCUCCUUUCAGUUUAAUUUCUGUUACAUGUUGUUCAUUGUUGAAAGAUGCUGAUAAAUUGAGAAUUUGGGAAUGGAAGAGACAACUAAUCUUACUGUGUGGAUGAAACAAAAAGACAUGGAAAUGAAUUUAGGUAAUUCUUGUAUUCCUUUUAUAUUUUUGCUUUGUAAAAACAAGUCUAACUUGGGCAUAUCUUUUAUUGUAUCACAGAAUUAUCAGGGAAUUUCAAAAUUGCAAUACAUUUUUAAAAGUCAUGAAAAUUUCCAUUGUGAAUGUAAACUGUAAAAUGUGCCUUUUUUUUCUUUUUCCUUUUUCUCUCUUUUCUUUUUGGAGGCACAAAUAAGUGUAAUUGGAUUAUCAAGUAAACUGUAUAAUAUGUGUAAUCUCUUAAUUCCAAGGAUUGGUGGGCUACUUGGCACGGAAUUCCUCCCCAACAAUCUUAAUAAAAUUAUUUAA